AUGGCUAGUACCAGCACCAGAAACAAAGGUGGCAAAGGCAAGACUCAUCCAGAGGAAAUCAAAAAGCACUCAAGGUCCGCGCGUGCAGGACUAAUAUUCCCUGUUGGUAGAAUUGAGAAGAAUCUGCGACAGGGACACUACGCUCAGCGUAUCGGUCAAGGAGCGGCGGUCUACAUGGCUGCUGUUAUGGAGUACCUCACCGCAGAAUUACUCGAACUGGCGGGGAACGCGUGCAUCGAUAACAAGAGACAGCGUAUAACACCACGCCAUCUCCAACUGGCUAUUAGAAACGAUGAGGAGAUCGAUAAGCUGCUGGCCCAUGUGGAUAUUAUGGAAGGUGGUCGCCUGCCUCAUAUCCAGAAUGAACUGCUCGUCGCCCGCAAGAAGAGUGUUCCAGUCGUUGGAGAUGAGGAGGAUGAAGAAUAA